UGUGAAGAGGAAAGUGGCGGACGAUGCGUCUCCCGCCUCCGGCGCCAUGCCUGACCUCCUCUUCCCAAGCGAGAGCAAGCGGCUUUGUCUGGACGACGUCACUCUCUCCAUGGGCCCCGGGUCCAAUUCUGUUUCAUGCCCCGAUAUGCAGGGCUCUCCGUAUUCAACCAAUCACGGGACUCCCGCCAUGCCCGGACACGGAAUGCUCCUUGAAAACAACCACAUGAACGGAAGCGGGAUGGGGUCUCCCUUCGCCGUCCCUCCGAAUGCCGAGGUUGGGCAGAAAGGGCCCCUCGGGGGCCAUUACGGCGAGAAAGGGAGCAACAUGCACGCCGUGGACCAGGAACUUCAGGAUUUGCUGGAAGAUUUGACCAAGAUGCCGGAUCCUUCUCCCAACGACCUGGACCUGGAGAAGAUCUUGGGGAGCAAGCCCGAAGAGCCCAUGGGGGGCCUGGCCCACCCGCCCUCAGCCAUGAACAGCUCUUCUAAAUCUUCUCCGCAGGCCCCCCCCUUGGACAAUCACAUCCCCAGUAAAGAUUUCUCUCCCGGAUGCAACCGAAGCGGUGGCUCCCCACAGGUGACGCCUCCUUCCGGAGCUGGAUACUCGGUCCCGUCUCAGAACAAGGCUGUGGGGUCACCCAUUUCCUCGGCCACGCCCAACAAGGGACAGGCCCUCCACAUGUCCGGGGCCAAUUGGCACGCCCAGCAGUUGAAGCACUUAGCCAGCAAGCAGGCGCCAACGUCCAAGCCCCCAACGCCCAACUGGCCCACCAUCUCUCCCACAGGCCUUUCGCCUCCUUACCGGCAAGGUUCUUCUCCUCACCACCAGCCCUUCAGCCCAAACGUCAUGAUCUCCAGCAUGACUCCCAACGGCCUGCCAGGAAGCAACAUCCAGAGCCCCCAGAACCCUCUGCUCUCCAGCAUCACGUCCAACAGUAACCCCCCUGGGGGUCUGUCUCCCCCUUUUGGGCCAGAGAAGCUCUCCAGUCCGGUCCUCAAUCAGCAACCUUUCAGCCCCCCCAGCUCCAUCAUGUCCAGCAUCUCAACCAGCAGCAUUAAGAGUUCUCCCAACGCGGGGCCGUCGCCCUACAGGCCGGAGAAGCUCUCCAGCCCAGCUUUGCACCAGCAGCCUUUCAGCCCUCAAAGCACCUUGAUCGCCAACGCCACCCCGACCAGCAACCCGGCCAACAUGCCGGGCUCCCUCUACAAAAACAUGCCGCCCUCCCAGUCCAAGAACAUGAACGUCAUGCUGACGCAGUCUUCCAACAGCAUCCAAGCGGGGUUGGGGAGCGAAGGGCCCGGGCCCAAGACCAGUUUUCCCUUCAGCAACACCAAGCCCCUCUCCCACUUCAGCUCAGAGGCCGCCCCUCCCCAGAAGAUGCCGCCCAUGGGGUCCUCCACGGGCCAGCAGUCCCUCAUGCACUAUCUUCAGCAGCAAGCUGCAACCUCGCCACAGUCCCAACGUCAACACAACCAAUUCCUCCAGCAGCAGCUCCGGCAGUUGAUGCAGCCGCCGCAACGGAUGCCGCAGCGGCACGUCCAGCCGUCCCCGUUGUCAUCGCAGGCGCGGCAGGACCAGCCGCCUGGCAUCGGCGCUCGGAUGCAGGAGCCAGGAGUCCCCGCCAACUCAGGGUCAGGGCCUGCGCAGCCUCCAGCCUUGGUGAAUGACUACACCAUGAGGAACCACCUCCUAAAGCAGCAGAUUAUGAGACGGCGGCAACAGCAGCAGCAGCAGCAACAGCAGCAACAACAACAACAACAACAACAGCAACAACAACAGCAGCAACAACAGCAGCAACAUCAGCAGCAGCAGCUCCAGGAAAAGCAAAGGCUGGGCAUGAUGGGAGUGGCAGCUGAGCAAAGGAGUCCCUUUGUGGGACAGCAGAUGAGCCAGUUUCCCGCAGUUUCGCAGUCCCUGCCGACUGACUGCAGCCAGAGCAUGCAAUCCCCUGGCUCCACCCACCGCAUGAUGCCCCCCGCCCAAGGGAUGCUCCAGAGCACCUUGGGCCCCGGCCUUGGCCCCGCCGGCGUGAACCAGAACAGCGGAGCAAUGGUGAUGAUCCCCCAUAACCCCAACAAGCAACCCGCCAUCUUCCCCCCAAAUACCGAUUUCAACCUCCCACUCCGAGGAAGCCAAAACUCCCUGGCCAUGACGUCGGGGUGUCAAACCGUUCACAGCCAUCCCGCAGCCCGGCCAGGGAUGGCUGCGCCCAACUUCGCAGCUGGGGCUCUGGUCAACCAUUCUUCCGCCCAGCAGCACUUGAGGCAACCUGCCAUGGCCAGAAUGCCCGCCAUCUACUCCAAUUCUUCGGCGCCGAUGUGGACACCAACCGUCGUCCCCAGAAUGCCCAGCCAAAAUCCGAUGGAGGCCACCAUGCACCAGUUCCCGAACAACCCCGUCUUCUCCAAACAGAGCAUCAGGUCAAGCAUCCCCAGCCAACCGUUUUCUCACCAAGCCGGGCCUCCCCCCAACCAGAUUGUCCCCGGGAUGCAGGCCAGGCAGAUGCAGAAAAUGAACCUUGGACCUUCUAACCAAAGCUUAAUCCCUCCAAAUAACCAGAACCUGAGACAUGGUUUGACCAGAGGACCCUUGCCAUCUGCCAUGAAUGUUAUGAAAUCCAUGCCCCAAGGGGUCUCGGGGUUCAACCAACUCAACGCCGGUCCAGCUGUUGGGCCACCCAGUUAUCCAGGCUCAGCUGGGCAGUCCUCCAUAACCUUCAACAGAAUGAACACUCCUUUGGAGUUGUCGCCACAAUACGACUUUGUACCGCAACAGAGCAAUGCCAUGUUGCCCGGGUCGUGCAGCGAAGCUGACUUGAUCGACUGUCUGAUGAAGAACAGCGGCGGCUCGGAUGAGGACUGGCUAAAUAAUUUGACACUGAUAGAUGAUAUUUUGGGACAACACAUUCAGAGCGCUGGGCAUGUCUGACUCUCGAGAGGAACGGAAGGAAGUGUAAAUAAUUUUGCAGGAUCUGGAACGGAAUCUAAGCAAUGACAAAAACAUAUUUUAAAUCUUUUUUUUUUCCCGAAUCGAAAGGAAAAAAUGACGUCCACUUUGCUUAACUGCCCUCGGGCGUUGUUUUUUUUCCCUUUUUGUUUUUUUUCAAGCAGCUGUGUACAUAUCUGAAUAUUUUGUAAAUUAUGUUUUCCUAAACAUUAAAUAUGGAAGUAUUUAUACUUCUUUGCUGGACGCUGUAAAUACCUUAUAGACCUACUUUUUUUUCUUAUAUUAUAGGAAUUACACUUUGUUCUAAAUAUGCAAAUAUUAUUGUUAGUUCCAGUAAUACUGUGUAUUACAGCAUCAAAUGUUUUAUGUUUUUGACAUAACGUAUGAAUGAGCGGUGCCCUGGAAAACAGAAUAAACCGAAAGAAAAAUU